GGACACCGGGGCUGCACACCAAAAGCCGCUGGACUCUAAGCCCAGUAGGCACAGAGAGGCAGAAGGGCGAUGAGCUCAAAGCGAGUGGUGGUGGAUGCGCCCACCGGUGCCAGCGUGCCUGUCCAGAGGCACAGGGCGUCCUUCAGGGGGACACGGUCAUCGUCCUCCUCCCUGGAUAGUCCCCCGGUCUCCAGGACCAGUGCCAUGGGUGGCCUCAUCCGAGCACCCAGGGUCUAUGUAGGGAUGGCCUCCGAUGGAUACACCGGUGGCCUGGGUGGCUGCGUGACCCGUCGAGCCCUGGGCAUCAGCAGUGUCUUUCUGCAGGGGCUGCGGAGCUCAGGCCUGGCCACAGCGCCCGCUCCAGGCCUGGGGAGGGACCUCGAUGCCGCUGAAGACCUGGGGGGCUGCCUGGUGGGGUACAUGGCCCAGGUGCAUGCCCUCGAGCAGGUCAGCCAGGAGCUGGAGGCACAGCUGCGGAGGCACCUGGAGAGCAAGGCCGGGCGUGCGGAGCACUGGGGCGCCCUCCGGGCCUCCUGGGCCAGCAGCUGCCAGCAGGUGGGCGAGGCCGUCUUGGAAAACGCCCGGCUCGUGCUGCGGACAGAGAACAUCCAGGCGGGUGCGGAUGCCUUUAAAGACAGAUAUGAAAAUGAGCAGCCAUUUAGAAAGGCCGCGGAAGAGGAAAUUAACUCUCUCUAUAAAGUCAUCGAUGAAGCUAAUUUGACAACAAUGGAUCUGGAAAGUCAAAUAGAAAGCCUGAAAGAAGAGCUUGGCUUUCUGUCAAGGAGCUAUGAAGAGGAUGUGAAAGUGCUGUGUAAGCAGCUGGCAGUGUCUGAGCUGGAACAAGUGGACGUCCCCCUGGGCGCUGGUCUGGAUGACGUCCGGAGUGAGGGGUCCUGGAUUUGGCAUUUCUUCCGCCUCCAGGUCAUUGCCAAGGACGUUUUGGGAAAUGGCAGUGCUACUCCGAAAGGCAGCGACAUGAAAAUCAGCAGGCGGAGGCCCGCGGGGCAGCAGCGGCUGGCUGCUGCCCGCAGGGCGGAGCUGCACAGCACCUCGCGCCAAGUGCAGAGCCUGCAGGCGGAGACGGAGUCCUUGCGGGCCCUGAAACGAGGCCUGGAGAACACUCUGCAGGACGCCAAGCACUGGCAUGACCUGGAGCUGCAGAACCUGGGCGCCGUGGUCCGCAGGCUGGAGGCGGAGCUCCGGGAGAUGCGUGCGGAGGCGGAGCAGCAGCAGCAGACCCGGGAGCAGCUGCUGGCGCACAGGUGCCAGCUGCAGAGGGACGUGGCUUCCUACCACGUCCUGCUGGACAGGGAGGAGAGCCGCUAGUGGAGAAACUUCUUUUCAUGAAGAAAAUGCUGCCUUCUCACCAAGUGGUCAAUGAAGUUCCUUGAGGAGUCUUCCCCCACUGCUCCCACAUCUACCCCAAACAGCCUCCCAUCCCCCACCCUCCCAGAGCUGGAUUCCCUGCUAGAUUCCCUUGAGCUGAAAAGCUUCCUAGAAGUGGAGAGGGUCCUUCGGCCUUAAACUGAAGUAGUCUGUGGCUUGGGCAACCUCCCUGUCCCUCUGCAAAUAAAUGCUUUGUGUGCAGUCUGACCACCUGUUCAACUCACUACCGGGUAGAGAUGGACGUCACUUUACCUGCCUGGCCUUUGCUUGUGGAGCCAUUCUUGAAGGCUCUGGAAAGUUCCCUGAGCAUGAUGCCAUCUGCCUCUCCACCCAAGGACCAGCUGCUUAGGCAAGCACCGUGCUGAAGGCAUGCAAGUUCACCACGGUUUGGGGCAAAAACAGCACUCUUGUUAGAGAGGGGAGUGGUGUGGCGCUGUAUUGCAUGCACCAUAAUUACAGGCAUCAUGAAGCAUUCAGACCUCUUUAAUGUGCUCGGCACGGGUGUUUAUGUGCAGACACACACAUUUCACUGCUGUUGACGGAGGG